CAUGUGGAGAAGGCAGCCCGCAAGUACCUGGGAGCCAGUGACUCAUCAGUGGUGACAGCACUGACCUCUUACAUCAAUGCUGGAUACAGCAAGGACAAGACCACCAGUAAGAUCUCGUCGCUGAUCGACGCUAGCAAGGCGGCCAAGCUGACGGCGCGGGUGUACGACCUGCUGGAGGAGAAGCGGCUGGGGCCCAAGUUCGCGGCCAAGCGGCCCGGCGCGGCGCCGGACGCCACCGAGAACGGCGCCAAGAAGAUGCGCCGCGAGGAGGCGGUGAUCUUGGGAGGCUGCUCAAACAGGCUGUUUGUCAAGAUGUGA